UCUCUAUUCUUCUGCGAUUGUCCGUUAAGGGAUCCGUAGAUACAAUGCUCUUUAGAAAAUUGGCAAAUGAGGUUUGCCGUCCACUCUUGUUUAGAGCCAUGUCUUCAUCAAAUACAUCCAAAGUUAAACAAAUGAAAUAUGACGGAAAAAGCAAUAUUGUGUGGGUAGAUCUUGAGAUGUCUGGUCUGGAUAUUAACACAGAACAUAUCCUGGAAAUGGCCUGUAUUGUAACAGAUGCAGAACUGAAAAUCAUUGCAGAGAGUGAAGACAUCAUUAUCCAUCAGCCUGAUUCUGUCCUGAAUAAUAUGGGGGAAUGGUGUACUGAACAGCAUGGAAAAUCAGGGUUGACAGAAGCUGUGAGAAAUAGCAAGAUAGAUCUUGGGGUUGCGGAGAAAAAAAUGGUAGAGUUUGUAAAACCAUACAUUGCCCCUUCCUUGUGCCCCCUGGCUGGGAACAGUAUCCAUUGUGACAAGAUGUUUCUAAAAAAAUACAUGCCAAAGUUCAUGGAACAGCUUCAUUAUAGAAUCAUUGAUGUCAGCUCAAUUAAAGAAUUAUGCAGGAGGUGGUAUCCAGAAGCAUUAGAACGAGCUCCAAAGAAACAACUAUCUCAUAGGGCCUUGGGUGAUAUCAGAGAGAGCAUAGAGGAACUCAAGUAUUACAGACAAACUGUGUUCAAAUGACAUAUAACAUUGUGUUUUUCAUGAGUUUCAUCUAUCUUUUCCACAUAUCAUUAUAAAUUGUGUAUAUGA